GCUGCACUUCCAGGUCAUGUUCUGGACCGUCUGGUGGGGCCAUACGGCCAGUGGACGUUCGAAUUUGUUGUCAUUGUUUGCUUGUACAGGCUUUGAUCGCGCUUACCACCAUGACCAACCCAUGGGCCCUCACAAAUGUGGUCAUCAAUGCUACCCAUAGUCCAAUGCCACGGUCGCGCUGUCGGUCAAGACACUGACCGCUUAAUGUACCCACAGCUCUAAAUCGUUCAAAAGGGUGCAUGUUUACAAGACUACCUGCUACUUAUCACAAUGCCCGAUAUCAUGCAGGUUGGCUCCAACGUACCCGGCAAGCCCUCAUUCAAGAUUGUCAUCCCCUCGCUCCAGCAACGCCUCGCCAACUUGAAGAGGAAGCGGCGCUCCAGCUCUUCUGAGAGCUCCCACCCAGGACACUCUCAAGUCAAAAAUGGUAACACGCCGGAAGUUGAGCCGAAGAAGGAGGAAGAAGAGGAGUCACCAAUCCUAGCAGAAGAAAAUCAGGCCGUACCUGACAAGCCGCGUCUGUAUAUCAGAAUACAGCGUCCAAAGCCGCAGAUUGAUCCUGUGAAGGACGAAGGUAACACUCCGGAAGUCGAGCCGAAGGAGGAGAAAGAGGACUCACCGAUCUUAGCAGAAGAAAAUCAGGUUGUAUCGGACGAGCCGCGUCUGUAUAUCAGAAUCCGGCGUCCAAAGCAGCAGAUUGAUCCUGUGAAGGACGAAGGCAACACUCCGGAAGUUGAGCCGAAGGAGGAGAAAGAGGACUCACCAAUCCUAGCAGAAGCAAAUCAGGCUGUAUCGGACGAGCCGCGCCUGUAUACCAGAAUUCGGCGUCCAAAGCCGCAGAUUGAUCCUGUGAAGGACGAAGGUAACACACCGGAAGUCGAGCCGAAGGAGGAGAAAGAGGACUCACCAAUCCUAGCAGAAGCAAAUCAGGCUGUAUCGGACAGGCCGCGCCUGUAUAUCAGAAUCCGGCGUCCAAAGCCGCAGACUCCUGUGAAGGACGAAGGUAACACGCCGGAAUAUGAGCCGAAGGAGGAGAAAGAGGAGUCACCAAGCCUAGCAGAAGCAAAUCAGGCUGUAUCGGACAGGCCGCGUCUGUAUAUCAGGAUCCGGCGUCCAAUCCGGCAGACUGGUCCUGUGAAGGAUGAGUAUUCCGAUGCUGGCAAAUCACAGGAGAAAGAGGGGGACGAGGACAGUUAUCGGGAGGAUAGCUCUUCCGAGAGUAGCGAUGAGUCGGCCGAGGAAUACAUACCUCCACGCAAGCGCCAGCGUCUUCAAGCCACCUCGUCCUCGCGUGUCCUCCGCUCCUCUACCGCCAAGUGAGUGCAGACCAAUAAUUGAUUGCAUCUGUGUUACUACUGUACAAAUGAAAUGGUUGCCUGUGUACUAUAGAAAGUUUGGAAGGGGCGUUCUCACAAUAUUGAAGAGGGACUCUUGGGGAAGAUGUACUAGUAGACGACUGCAGCUACUACUGUAAAUAUUGUAU